UACUUUGUAUGCAUCAAUAUUUGUUAGUUAUUUCGCAAAUCAUUAACAAAUUAAACUUCAAUUCUUAUAUUAUGGCUUCUUUAUCUUCUCUUGUGGUCUCCAUAGCCAUGGCUUUCCUUCUUGUGGCUUCAUUUGGAAGUUCAAAUGCCCAACUAACAACUAACUUCUACUCUAAAUCUUGCCCUAACUUGCUUAGCACAAUUAAUUCUGUAGUGCAAUCUGCUAUCAACAAAGAGUCAAGAAUGGGCGCUUCUCUUCUCCGCUUGUUCUUCCAUGAUUGUUUUGUUAACGGGUGUGAUGGAUCAAUACUACUAGAUGAUACCUCCAGUUUUACAGGUGAAAAGACUGCAUUACCAAACAGUGGCUCAGUUAGAGGAUUUGAAGUGAUUGAUCAGAUAAAGUCUGCAGUUGAGAAAGCUUGUCCUGGUGUUGUCUCUUGUGCAGACAUCUUAACCAUUACUGCUAGAGAUUCUGUUGUCAUUCUUGGAGGACCAACUUGGAAUGUGAAGCUGGGCAGAAGGGAUGCUAGGACAGCUAGCCGAACCGCCGCAAAUAACAACAUACCACAACCGAAUUUUAGCCUUAGUCAACUUAUGUCUAGUUUCAGUAAUCAAGGGCUUUCCACCACCGAUAUGGUCGCUUUAGCUGGUGGCCAUACAAUUGGCCAAGCAAGGUGCACUAGUUUCAGGACUCGGAUAUACAACGAGAGCAACAUUGAUGCCUCAUUUGCCAAAACAAGGCAAGCCAAUUGCCCAAGAUCAAGCAACUCGGGCAGCAACAACUUAGCACCCUUAGACCUCCAAACUCCAAAUUCCUUCGACAACAAAUACUACAAAAACCUUGUUAACCAAAAGGGUCUUCUACACUCUGAUCAACAGUUGUUCAGUGGUGGAUCCACCAAUGCCCUCGUCCAAACUUAUGGCAGCAAUCCGAGCAGAUUUAACGCCGAUUUUAUCGCUGCCAUGAUCAAGAUGGGUGAUAUUAAGCCGCUCACUGGAUCCAACGGCGAGGUUAGGAAGAAUUGCAGGAAGACUAAUUAAGUAGUUUACUUAAUUAUAGUGGUGUUACCUUAGUUCUUAUAUGGUAUUUCUACACUACAACAUAAUAUAACUAAGGUGAUUAUUGUUUAAAGUUUGGUUUAAAGGGGCUAGUACACAGUGCCUUAUUACUAUUGUCUGCAAGAUGUAUACAAUAUAUGUGGUUUAAGCUUUCAUUUGA